UUCAAUUUCAAAUCACGGCGUCAUUUUGUAGCGGUAUAUUAUUUAGAAAAGUGUAAAAACUGUGAUAAAUAAAAUAAUGAUGAAUAAAAAAUUGAUCAAAAGAACGUAAUGUGUAAGAUUUGACAAUUCAUUGUCUGCGAAUAAAAAUUAAAGUGAUACGUAUAUUGUAUAAAUAAUUAAUAGAAUUUCUAGUAGGUAACUAGUUUCAAGAAAUACUUACGAUGAUUUUUUCGGAACCAUUGCUUUUUGCAAUUUGUAUGGUAGAUACUGCGGCUAUUCUAUUUUUACUAGUUUAUUAUCUAAUUACAUUAUCCGAUUUGGAAUGUGAUUAUUUAAAUGCUCAACAAUGUUGUGCAAAAUUAAAUACAUGGGUGGGUCCAAAAAUAGUAUGCCAUGGUUUUGCAUCAUUUUUACUUCUAAUCCAUGGUCAAUGGCUGUGUUUUCUAUUAAACAUACCAAUGUCGUUAUGGAUGAGUUAUGAAAUAUUAUUGAUACCAAAGGGUAAUAUUGGUGUGUAUGAUCCAACUGAAAUACAUAAUCGCGGCCAAUUAAAGAAACAUAUGAGAGAUUGUAUGAUUAAUUUAGGAUUUUAUUUAAUAUUAUUUUUUAUUUACCUUUACUGCCUUAUUAUUGCUCUACUAAAAAUCGAUCCACUAAAAACUGAUGAUGAUAAUUCAAUGCCAGAUUAUUAAAAUGGAAGUGAGUUGUGGCUCGACAGGCUCUAGUCAUCUAUUUAAUUUUUUAAGAUAUGAAAAUAUUAAUUUUAAG